UUGAAUACAUGAUCCUUGCGACCAUCAUUGCCAACUGUAUUGUACUGGCACUGGAGCAACAUCUGCCAGCUUAUGACAAGACGCCCAUGUCAGUACGACUGGACGACACAGAGCACUACUUUAUCGGGAUAUUCUGUUUCGAGGCUGGCAUUAAGAUCAUCGCCCUUGGCUUUGUCUUUCACAAAGGCUCCUACCUUCGCAACGGCUGGAACGUAAUGGACUUCGUGGUUGUCCUCACCGGGAUUUUGGCCAAGGUGGGUUCAGACUUUGACCUGAGGACGCUGCGGGCCGUGCGAGUGCUGAGACCUCUCAAACUGGUGUCAGGAAUUCCUAGUCUACAGGUGGUGUUGAAGUCCAUAAUGAAGGCCAUGGUUCCUCUGCUGCAGAUCGGCCUGCUGCUCUUCUUUGCCAUUGUCAUGUUCGCCAUUAUAGGAGUGGAGCUCUACAUGGGCAAGUUUCAGAAGACCUGCUUCAAAAACGGGACAGAUGAGCUGGCAGCAGAUCACCCAUGUGGCUCGGAGGUUUCAUCUAGGCAGUGUCCCAAUGGCACGGAGUGUAAGAAAGGCAGUGCGUGGAAAGGACCAAACCAUGGAAUCACUAACUUUGACAACAUCUUGUUCGCCAUACUUACCGUCUUCCAGUGCAUCACCAUGGAAGGAUGGACCGAUAUUCUUUACGAUACCAAUGACGCCUUGGGCAACGCGUGGAACUGGAUGUACUUCAUCCCCCUCAUCAUCAUCGGCUCCUUCUUCAUGCUCAACCUGGUUCUCGGCGUCUUAUCGGGAGAGUUUGCCAAAGAAAGAGAGCGUGUAGAGAAGAGACAGGAGUUUCUGAAGCUACGCAGGCAACAACAAAUUGAGAGAGAGUUGACUGGCUACCUGGAGUGGAUCUGUAAGGCAGAGGAGGUGCUGCUGGCUGAGGAAGAUCAGAACGCAGAAGAGAAAUCUCCACUGGAUGGAGCGUGGUACAAGAGGAAACAGAACAACCCAGUGCUGAAAAGAGCCAAGGUCAAGAAGGGGAAGAAUGACCUCAUCGGUGCCGAGGAGGGUGAGGAACACUUCACAGACAUUUCCUCAGUUGCGCCCCCUGGUUCUCCCUUUGCCCGAGCCAGCGUGAAAAGCAGCAAGAACGACAGCUCGUCGUACUUCCGUCGCAAAGAGAAACGAGUGCGCUUCUUCAUUCGCCGCAUGGUGAAAGCCCAAAGCUUCUACUGGAUUGUGUUGUGUAUAGUGGGCUUGAACACGCUGUGCGUGGCCAUCGUUCACUACGAUCAGCCUGAGGGGCUCACCCAAGCACUGUACCUGACCGAGUUUGUGUUCCUGGGACUGUUUCUAUCCGAGAUGACUCUGAAGAUGUACGGCUUAGGGCCCCGGAACUACUUUCACUCCUCAUUCAACUGCUUUGACUUUGGGGUCAUCAUAGGGAGUAUAUUUGAGGUGGUGUGGGCAGUCAUCCAACCAGGAGCCUCUUUCGGUAUUAGCGUCUUGAGGGCUCUGCGCUUGCUCCGAAUAUUUAAAGUGACCAAGUAUUGGAACUCUUUGAGGAAUCUGGUGGUGUCUCUGCUCAACUCAAUGAAAUCCAUCAUCAGCUUGCUCUUCCUCCUCUUCCUCUUCAUUGUGGUCUUUGCCUUGCUGGGCAUGCAGAUCUUUGGAGGACAGUUUAAUUUUGAUGACGAAACACCCACUACAAAUUUUGACAACUUCCCUGCAGCCAUAAUGACCGUCUUCCAGAUUUUGACAGGAGAAGACUGGAAUGCAGUGAUGUAUCAUGGGAUUGUCUCUCAGGGCGGCGUCCCAUUUGGGAUGUUCUCCUCUGUUUACUUUAUCAUUCUUACCCUCUUUGGAAACUACACCCUUCUUAAUGUAUUCUUGGCUAUCGCUGUCGAUAACCUUGCCAAUGCUCAGGAGCUGACGAAGGACGAGGAGGAGCAAGAGGAGGCAGCCAAAAAGAGCAUCGCAAUGCAGAAGGCCAUGGAGGUGAAGGAGGUCAGCCCGAUGUCAGCAGCUAACAUUUCCAUCGCAGCUUUUGUAAAGCAAAAUCGAGAUGUGCUCUCUCGCAGCUCUUCCGUCAGCAGCGUUCACUCACUCAAGGAGCAGCAGCGCUCUCUGCAGAAGAUGUCUGUCUGGGAGCAGCGAACUUCGCAACUACGUCGCCACAACUUACGCAACAGCAGUGAAGCACUCUUCAACGAGCUGGAGCCUGAGGAUCGGCUGCGCAUGUCCUCAGCGCUACACCUGCAGCCUGACAUGAAGGCGCACCACGAUCGGCCCUUGCUGGUGGAGAAAUCGCACCCUCUGGAGGGCAGAGACACCCCGGAGGAGGCACUUCCACACAAACACCACCGGUGCCGUGGAGAGAACGGUGACGCAGGAGAAGGACGCCGCCAUCGGCACCACCGCAGUGGUGAACACAGAGGGCAUCAGGAUGGAGCACACAGGAACCAGGCGGAGGAUGGCGAUGAUGAUAGGGAGCACCGUCACCACCAUUCUCAACGGUCAAGAGAGACUGAUGGUGAUGGCAGUAAUGGAGUGAAAGGAGAGCGAAAUCCGAGAGGGCACAGAGAGGGUGAAACAGGGAAUGGUGAGAGGAGGAGACACAGGCCUCGCGUCAAAACCCAAACCACAUUUGACAAGGAGGAGAGCAGGGACAACAAAGAGAGAGAUACCCCAAGCCACAGGGACAGGCUUACGGAUGCAGAGGGUGAUGGUUUGAGUUCAAGUCCUGCGCCAUCUCCUACUGAGAGACAAGAGGACUCAGAUAACCUAAAAAACAGCACCAAGGCUAAAUCAACUGCAGUCAGCAUCCCUGUUACCAUCACUGCCCCACCAGGAGACACCACCAUCAUUCCCAUGAACAACAUAGAUGGUGAGAGCUUGCUCCUGAGUGAGGAAAAGACGGAGCUGGAUGAGCUGAAUCAGAAUGCUCCCAAACACAUUCUACCCUACAGCUCCAUGUUUGUGUUUGGUCAGUCCAAUCCUGUCCGGAGGUUGUGUCACUACGUGGUGAACAUGCGCUACUUUGAGAUGUGCAUUCUUGUGGUGAUUACCAUGAGCAGCAUCGCACUGGCUGCAGAAGACCCAGUGAAUGCUGGUGCUUUUCGGAAUAACGUGCUAAAAUAUCUAGAUUACAUCUUCACUGGUGUGUUCACAUUUGAAAUGGUGAUAAAGAUGAUUGACCUCGGGCUGCUUCUACACCCGGGCUCCUACUUCAGAGACCUGUGGAAUAUUCUAGACUUCAUUGUGGUCAGCGGUGCCCUGGUGGCUUUUGCCUGCUCAGGCACCAAAGGCAAGGACAUCAACACCAUCAAGUCCCUCAGGGUCCUCCGAGUGCUCCGACCUCUGAAGACCAUCAAAAGGCUACCUAAACUCAAGGCGGUGUUUGACUGCGUGGUGAACUCUCUGAAGAACGUCCUCAACAUCCUCAUUGUCUACAUCCUCUUCAUGUUCAUCUUUGCUGUUAUUGCCGUGCAGCUCUUCAAGGGAAGGUUCUUCUACUGCACAGACGAAUCCAAAGCUUUUGAGAAGGAGUGCAGGGGUCAGUUUCUGGAUUACGACGGAGACAAGGUGGAAGCCAAGGCACGUGAAUGGAAAAAGUACGAUUUUCACUAUGACAACGUGCUGUGGGCUUUCCUCACUCUCUUCACCGUUUCCACAGGAGAGGGUUGGCCUAUGGUGCUGAAACACUCUGUAGAUGCCACGUAUGAAGACCAAGGUCCAAGCCCAGGCUACCGCAUGGAGACAUCCAUCUUUUAUGUGGUCUACUUUGUGGUCUUCCCGUUUUUCUUCGUCAACAUUUUCGUCGCCUUGAUCAUCAUCACGUUCCAGGAGCAAGGGGACAAAGCCAUGUCUGAGUGCAGCUUGGAGAAGAAUGAGCGGGCGUGCAUUGACUUUGCCAUUAAUGCCAAGCCCCUGACUCGCUACAUGCCCCAGGAUAAGCAGUCCUUCCAGUACAAGAUGUGGAAGUUCGUGGUUUCAACGCCGUUUGAAUAUUCCAUCCUGACUAUGAUUGCCAUCAAUACUGUGGUGCUCAUGAUGAAGUUCUAUACCGAAUCGAAGGCUUAUGAGGACAUGCUGAAGUGGCUGAACAUCAUCUUCACUGCCCUUUUCACCCUGGAAUGUAUCCUAAAGAUCAUCGCUUUUGGGCUGCUGAACUAUCUGAGGGAAGCCUGGAACAUAUUCGACUUUGUAACAGUACUGGGCAGUAUCACGGACAUCCUGUUUACUGAAAUUAAGAACAAGCUGAUUAACCUUAGCUUUCUGAGGCUGUUUCGAGCGGCUCGACUCAUCAAGCUCCUGAGGCAAGGCUACACCAUCCGUAUCCUGCUCUGGACCUUUGUCCAGUCUUUUAAGGCACUGCCCUAUGUGUGUCUGCUCAUUGCCAUGCUCUUCUUUAUCUACGCCAUCAUUGGGAUGCAGGUGUUUGGAAACAUUGAGUUAAAUGAUGAAUCAGCAAUCAACCAACACAACAACUUCCAGACCUUCUUUCAGGCACUCAUGCUACUCUUCAGGAGCGCCACGGGUGAGGCGUGGCAUGAGAUUAUGCUGUCGUGUUUGGGUGGCAAGAAAUGCGACAAGCUCUCGGGCUCCAAUGACAAUGGGUGUGGCAGUGAUUUUGCGUACUUCUAUUUCGUCUCCUUCAUCUUCCUGUGCUCGUUCCUGAUGCUGAAUUUGUUCGUGGCUGUCAUCAUGGACAACUUUGAGUACUUGACACGAGAUGCUUCCAUCCUCGGACCUCACCAUCUGGACGAGUUCAUCCGCGUCUGGGCAGAUUACGACCCUGCUGCCUGUGGGCGCAUAUCCUACCUCGAUAUGUACGAAAUGCUACGUCACAUGUCCCCUCCGCUAGGUUUGGGAAAGAAAUGUCCAUCGCGAGUUGCCUACAAGCGCUUGGUGAGGAUGAACAUGCCCAUUGCUGAUGACAACACAGUCCACUUCACGUCCACUUUGAUGGCUCUCAUCCGCACCGCCCUGGAUAUCAAACUGGCAUCAGGUGUUCUUGCCCAGCGUCUCUGUGAUAUUCACUUGAGGAGGGAGAUUAAUAAAGUGUGGCCCAGCCUGCCAUCAAAAACUGUGGACUUGCUGGUAACACCUCAUAAACAUAAGGAGUUGACGGUUGGGAAGGUGUAUGCUGCGCUCAUGAUCUUUGAUUACUACAAGCAGAACCGGGCCAAAAGACUCCAGGAGCAGCAGCCCACUUCAGGCGCACUGAGUAAAAUGGGGUCUCUCUUCAAGCCCAUGUUGCCCCUCACCCACAUACACGAACACGAAGAGCCAUCAUUCAAGAGUGCCAAACUGCCACCUCCUUCUCAAACCGAUUCAUCUCCACAUCCCGAGUUCCCGCCCACAACCCCAUUCAUGACCAAUGGGGAGCCAGUAAAAAGCAGUACCAUGAUGAAUUCACCUUCAGCAGAGACUCUUCAGAAGGGCAGGAAUUCCAUCCAUUCAGAAGAUGUGCCAAAAACUGAAUCUCAGGAAUUAGUAGAGAUGACGGAUAUGGAGAAUAAUUCUGAUGUAGGGGGCUUCUCCACACUGGAGGGCCACGGGAGGGCAGCUUCAAUGCCCAGACUUAGUGCAGGCUUCCAGCGGAGCCAGUUGCGCCACACCACCGGGAUAUACCUAGCACCCAUCGUGGACGGCAGUCCCAUGCGGCGCUCAGCCUCCUCUUUGGCUUCGCAGAGAGGAGGGACAGAGUUGAACUUGAGGGAAUAUGCAUUGGAGCGGCCCCCAGCGGUACAGACUCAGGAGAAAGAGCGAGACAGAGCGCACCAACAUCAUCAUCAUCAUCGAUGUCACCGCCGCAGAGACAAGAAGCAUAAAUCCCUGGACCGAGCUAUCAGUGAGGAACAGCCUGGCUCUGUGGACACAACGGCGGAUCUGAGCAAUGAGCCACGGGAACGGGCGCGCGAACGGGAGCGGGACCGAGGUCGCUCUCAUGAGAGGAAGCACCAGUCGUCCUCGGCCACUGACAGAAAGCAGCGUUACUAUUCCUGCGAUCGCUAUGGAACCGUAGAGCACUGUCACAGCCGAUCACCUGGGCCAAGCAGAUCUACAUCACCGGGAGAUCCACAAGAACCCAACAGAUUCAAAACGCAGGGCGUUAACUCCGCUAAGGGCAGCCCGGUGGUCUUCACCUCAGGCUCCAGUACACCGUGUCGUGGAAGGAGACAGCUCCCUCAGACGCCACUCACCCCAAGGCCUGCAGUGUCCUUUAAGUCUACCAGCUCCUCCACACUGCAGAUGGCAGCCACCCGCUCAUCCAGACCAGUCCCCACCUACCUAAGCCGAGGACAGUCGGAGCACGACGCCCUGCUCGGCAUCACUCACCAACCAUCUCCUGUGCCUGUCACUCGGAUCGGAUCUGACCCCAACCUCGGCCCCUUGCAGCGAGACCCCCACCUGUCAGAGUCCGAAGAUUUCCACGAUGCUUUGAGCACCUACAGCUCAGGACGUUUUCCAAGGACAGUCUCUGCCACCCAUUCAUCCACUGGGGUGGUGCCGUCCAUGCUUCAGCAGAGCCGGAGUGGAGUGCCUAACGGGUACCACUUCACCCUGGGCGUUAGUACAUCUCUGGGCUCCAGUGCCAGGAUUUCCCCAAGCUAUCAGGAUACAGAGAAAGAUGACUGGUGCUGACGAAAUGGUGACCAGAAUAUGUCUUAAAUGUGUCUUUACAAAAGUGCAGGAUGAGUUUUAUCAUCUUUGCCUCAAGAUAGUCAUACAUUUGAGUCAUGCCUGUGUGAAGAUAGAAUGGAAGCUUGAGGAGAGCUAGAAGACCGGAUAGUUAUUAAUUUUUUCAUGAAUGUGGCAUGACGACACUCUGUCUUGUCGAGAUGGUUCUCUCAACACAGAUUGUGACAAUAUGAGUGCCAUGAUGAAUUUGGUAACCCAAGGUGAGCACUGUCUGCCACUGAAGAGGAGAAAUAGUUCAGUUAUGUCCUCAGUGCUAACAAACUCUGCUCUCCGCUCUCUGGAAUCAUAUUAAUAGGGCUAAACUCGGCAGAAGGGCAGAGGGCAGAGAGAUACAGCCAUGUUUGAUUAGAAAGCACAAUCUAUAAUGAAAGUGCAGGACUUCUGCUCAUCUAUAUGGUAUUGUUAAGAACCUGGGCCUCUCUUUAGUUCGUAAAAAAGGUUAUACGUCCUUUGGUUUUGUCCAGACUUCUUUGUCUUAACAAUUCUUUCCCCGCUGCUGCUUUAAGCUGUUUCUUCCUCUUGUAAGUGGCACAGAUAAAAUGCUCCCAGUAGCUAAAAAACAACAACAACAACAACAAAAAAAAAAAACAUGCCAAAUUGUAAUUAGUUUUAUAAGAGAUUCUAGUAGAGUGAGCAUCUUUUCAUAGCGUUCCUUUUUGUACCUUGUACAUGACGUGUGUACCUGGGUGUCCUGUAAAGUCUAAUUUUUUUUUU